AUGGCAGAAGGAGGCGGGGGGCUGGCGGGGCGUGCGGGAUUGGCCGGGCUGACGCCUUCCUUUACCAAGCCCAACGCGCGGGUGUCCAGUGGACACAUGUUUCCAUGCAUCGGCGGGGUUCCUCUGGGAGAAGGCGGCAGACAGAAGAAAAAAAAGCGCAAACGCACUCCGUCGCCAUACAAUAUGUUCAUGCGCGAGGAGGUCAAGAGGCUGAAGGAUGCUAACCCCGACCUGGACCACCGCGAGGCGUUCAAGAGGGCUGCCAGCAAUUGGGCCAAGUCUCCCGACAAGUGCCGGCCGCCUGCCGAUGGCUUCCACGCGGACGCCGCAGCAGACCUGCCUGACCUCGGCUGCCAGCAACCAGCGCCUGGCGGAGACCCCAGCACACCGGAGGGCCACACGGACGGGCCUCAGGAAACGGCUCGCGCGCCCGCAGGCGGCCUCGAUAACGUCGACGCACCUGAAGGAUGCGCUGGCACAGCGCUGGGAAUUGAGGCCGUGGAGAGCUUGGCUGCUGAGCUGGACGCCGCGGCUCACGUUCAGGAGGCUCAUGAGCCUGCAGGUGGUGGGCUGGAUUGGGCAGCGGAAGGCGAAUCAAGAGGGAACGCAGAAGCCCUGGAAGGGGGCGCGCAGGCAGGGUGUCGACCAAGCAGCCCUGUGGACUGUGGAGGGCUGUCUGCGAGGUUGGGCGCCAGGUGCAAAUCGUGCGAGGGAGUAUGUGAAGGCGCCACUGCCCAGAGUGACGCGCCUGAAGAGGCGGUGGGGUCGAGAGGGGAGGCGGUGUCGGAAGGGCGCUGCGAGGAGGAAGCGGCGAAGUGCUCGGGAGACGAGGGCCAGGGGGACCAGGUGCCGGAGGCGUAUCGAUGCGCGGUCGGACCCGGUGAAGGGGACCGCCUUUCGGAACUGAUGGUGGCGAAUGUUGGGCUGGACGCGGCGUGA